AUGGGAGAGGAGCGGGGUGCUUGCGUGGGUGAUGGGGAGGCAGAGGUGCGCUGCAUUGCACGGCAGCUGGUUCUGCCAAGUGAUCGGAAACGUGGGUGCUGGCUGAUUGUGUCUUCUGGUGGCACUUCAAGGAAUGACCAUGGGGCCAAGGAGAUCAAGACCAAGCUUGGCACGCUGCUCCAGAAGCCCGACUCGGCCAUUGACUUCAUCAUCCCCUACCCCGAGAAGCCAGAGAAGCUGCCCAAGGCCCAGAAACCAUCACUGGAGGAGGCUCUGCAGUGGCACGAUUCCCUGGAGAAGAUCCUGCAAAACCCCUAUGGUCUCGCCAGCUUCCGCAGCUUCCUGUGCUCCGAGUUCAGUGAGGAGAACGUCGAGUUUUGGGUAGCAUGCGAGGAGUACAAGAAAACCAAGUCCCCCGUGAAGAUGGCAGAGAAGGCCAAGAAGAUCUAUGAGGAGUUCAUCCAGACUGAGGCACCCAAAGAGGUGAACAUCGACCACUUCACCAAAGGUGUGACCAUGAAGAACCUGGUGGAGCCAUCACCAAGCAGCUUUGACAUGGCCCAGAAGAGGAUCUUUGCCCUGAUGGAGAAAGACUCCCUGCCCAGAUUUGUGCGGUCGGAGUUUUAUCAGGAGUUAAUCAAGUAGCAAUGCGGCAGGGCUGUGCGAGGCGAUCCCCGCGGGCCAUCCCACUGCUUCUGUCUACACACCUGCCCCUUCUCCUGCAGCUGCUUUGCUUUCUUGAUACCACCCUAGAAGAGCACCCAGGGGCGUUGCUAAACAUCUCCCCCCGUGCUUUGGACUGUCAGGUGUCCUGAUGUUUCCU